CGCAGUGGUGCAUUCCAAAUGACAGCUCAACCUGGCUAGCCUCCAUGCCCGAGCAGACUGCUACAACCACGGAAAGCAAGACUUUUAAACAAGAGCUCUGUGUUUUAUUUGUGCCGUUAUAGUCUAAUUUUAAACUAUUAAUCACCAGCAUGUCAGCUCCUAAGAAGGGAGACUUGUCUUCAAGCGAGAAGGAGUUGUUUGAGGUUAUUACUGCAGGAAAUGUUCAAGAGGCCUCGAGGCUGUUGGGCUGUAAGGAUGUUCGAGUCAACUGCUUGGAUGAGUAUGGGAUGACUCCUCUCAUGCACGCUGCUUACAAAGGAAAAGCAGACAUGUGCAAGUUGCUGCUACAACACGGAGCGGACGUGAAUUGCAAUGAACAUGAGCACGGAUACACAGCGCUGAUGUUUGCUGGCCUGUCAGGUAAGACUGACAUCACGUGGAUGAUGUUGGACGCCGGGGCGGAAACCGACGUGGUUAACUCUGUUGGAAGGACCGCCUCACAGAUGGCUGCCUUUGUCGGGCAGCACGACUGUGUCACGGUGAUCAACAACUUCUUCUCCCGUGCCAGACUGGAUUACUACACCAAGCCCCAGGGUUUGGAGAAGGAACCCAAGCUGCCGCCCAAACUGGCCGGACCCCUCCACAAGGUCAUCAUGAGCACCAACCUGAACCCCAUCAAGAUGGUGAUGCUGGUGAAGGAGAACCCCCUGUUGGCGGAGGUGGAGGCUCUGGAGAAAUGCCGCCGGGUGAUGGAGCUCAUCUGUGAGAAGUGCAUCAAGCAGCAGGACAUGAACGAGGUGCUGGCCAUGAAGAUGCACUACAUCAGCUGCGUGCUGGGAAAAUGUGCGUCCUUCCUCAAGGACCGCGAGGACAAGCUGGACGGCCUCAUCAAGAGUUUGCUGAAGGGUCGGGACAGCGAUGGCUUCCCCGUGUACCAGGAGAAGUUUCUCAGAGAGUGCAUUCGCAAGUUCCCUUACUGUGAUGCUACUCUGCUGCAGCAGCUGGUGCGGAGUAUCGCCCCUGUGGAGAUUGGCAACGACCCCACAGCUCUGUCAGUGCUGACUCAGGCCAUCACAGGUCAGGUCGGCUUCAUGGACGCAGAGUUUUGUACCUCCUGUGGAGAGAAGGGAGCCGAGAAGAGGUGCUCCAUCUGUAAAAUGGUGAUCUACUGUGACCAGGCCUGCCAAAAGAUGCACUGGUUCACCCACAAGAAAGUUUGCAAGAAGCUCCAAGAGCAGAGAGAAAAGCAGGAGGCAGAAUCAGCCAAACUGAGGAUGCUGCAGAGCCAAGAGGAGAGUGAAGCCGUGCAGGAGGCCACAGACUCCAUGCAGGAGCUCUCAGUGGAAACCGACAGUGAGGUCGCCCCCUCAGAAAACUCAAACCCCUCUUCCGUCCUAGCUGCUGACAACUGAGGAACAUCUGACGGUCAGCAACCACAAUACAUCCAUAAACGGACAUCCACAGACGGAGCAAACUGGUACUGAGACUGAAAGCCAGACAAGGACUGGUCCAGCAGGAGAUGAGAACCCAUAUUUAUUACUGACCCGAGGCUGUCACAAAGGCAGGGAGACACUAACGCAUACAAGGAAGGUUUGUCCCACAGCGGUCGUCUUUUUUUUUUUUUUUUUUCAUUUUUAUAUGUUAAUUUUUCAGAUUAUAUUGUCAUGUAAAUGUGACAAUUACGUACGCUGAUGUGUUAGUGGUAGAGGUCACUGGGAGGGGGAGGGGGGGGGACAUGUCAAGAGCUAAUGGUUAACAUCAAUGGCCAUGCUUCCAUUCACGUGUUUUUAAUGCUCCUUUUUGAAGCAUCACGUUAGAAAAGAUGUGUGGAAAUUCAGUUAAGCAAAAAAGUUUUUACUUUCGCUUGAGGUGGUUUUGCCUUUGGCGCAAAAGAGUUGAUGCACUAAAUGGGAUAUGGAAACGCCUUUGCCGAAAAAGUUCUGGCGUAGCGAACAUUUAACUAACCUGACUGAUCGGCUGCUUCACGGAUAUUCCCAUAACGUGUCUUCUUCUCCAGACAGCCUGAAACAUGGUCAAUACCAGCUGACAUGAAAGAACAAAUAAAAUUUGCCCAAUUAAACCAAAUUCCUGAAGACCUCUCUGCAUGUUUCUCUAGUAGAUUGGUUGGAUGGCCAAGGAGACUUGUUUUGUUUCCGGUUAGCAACCUGUACUUCUUCUACUCUGAUUACAAGUGUAACCAUAACCGUAAACACGCCGGAUUAUAGCCACAGGGCUAAUUUACAUCCGUAGUCCCCAGUCAAAUUACAUAAAUACAGAAAUUACAACAUACAAAUCAAAAAAAAAAAAAAGAAAACGAAAAACAAUACAAGAAUGAAUAAAUACAGGCAAAAGUGAAAUAGUCACUUAAUGGGUACAAGACUGGUUUGCUUUAAGCCAUGUGUAUGCCAAUGUAAGUCAAUGGAGGCCAAACGUGAACGUGAACGUAAAACGUGAGUAUGCGUCUUGAUAACAUGCCAGUAAUGGUAUACAAAUUGGCGUGUCAUACAUACGCCAUUUCAUGAGAUCAGUCUGGGAGUUUAGAAUGCCAACACAAAGAAAGCGUGAGGUGAUGAAUAUCCGGCCUGCCGGCAGGCAGCACCUGAACAAUCUCGGAAAUAAAACGUCGUCGAUAUAGACUAAUUCGCUCCAAACCAGUUGAUUCACAUUUCUUUUUUGCAACAUUUCAAAACUUUGCUUAAAAGUCGCCUGACAAUUGAAUGAAACACCGCUAAUGAUGGGACAUAAUUCUGCCUUAAACUGUAGCACCAUGUGCGGGAAAGAAGUGACUUUAGCCAAUCAGAGCUGUCUGUCUGUUUGCAAUACUCUGUACUUGAUUUAUUAUUGGGACCGUUUUUUUUUUUUUUUUGUACUGAUAAUUUCAUGGCAGAUUGUGAGUGGAUAGCAUGGCUGCACAAUAUUGACCAAAAAUGUAUAUUUUUUAAAUAUAAACAACAUAAACAUGAAUUUAUUUUUAGUGUAUUGUGAAAAAUUAUGUUAAUGCUCAGGAUAUCGGUAACAAAAUGAAAGUUUUCUUCCCAAAAUGCAACAUCAGUUGUUGAAUAAGAAUUGUUGUACACAGCACAAGAACAUCAUGACCAGGAUACUUUUGUUUUGAAAAAAUGUCAGUAGUAUGGUUUUCAUGUUCUUUCGUUAAUUGUGUAGCCUUAAUGGACAGACGUCAAACUACAGGUCCAAUGAGGCUUUGUCUGUCCUGAACACUGCUAAUAUCUACUAUGUCCAACAAUUUGAGCUUUAUCACAUUAAAUAAAGACAAACUUCAUCAAAGUG